UUUCGUAAUCCAUUCUCGAGUCAUUAUGUCACAGGAAACCUUAAGCCAAGAAGAUAUGGACAAGAUACUAGAAAGAGAAAUCUCUCAAGUAACUGCAAAACUAGUGGAUAUGGAUCAGAAAAUUCACAUUCUAGCUGAACAGUUGGCUGCCAAGGAAGAAAGGCAAAGGACCAUCUUUGACUUGUUAACGACACAAGUGUGGGAUGUGGAAACGGAGUCGACAGAUUUUGAACUUUCUUGGAAAACUUUCCAUAUCGAGGAUAUUUGUAACAAUCUGAGUUCGUUUCACUUACAAUCUUGUCGCUUGGAAGAAACUCAACAGUUGCUGAAAACAGCAAUGAAGACCCGCGAAGUGUUAUCGCAAUUGAGGAGUUGUUUUUCUAGAGGCCACUUGAAGGAAGCUGUAGACCAUGCGAGUGAAUUGCGAAGAUUGAGUUGUGAAAAUUCAGCACAAAUGGAGUUUUUGGAAAAAAUUCUUGAGGAACAACCUGUUGUGGAUGAGGAGCUGCAUUCCUUAAAGAAUUCUUUGCGACAGUAUAUCAAAGACUCUACUUCUAAAGGUUAUGAUGCGGUAUCCCAAGUAUAUGAGCACUGUGUCGAUCUAUUUCGAGUUGGUGAGGAAGAAGAAGCCUUUGAGCUCUAUUUGUCAUUUCUUUUGAAUAUUAUUCAAAAGGAGUUGAGUGACCCUUUGUCCAAAUUGAGACAGAAAGGAGAUACUUCUUCCCGGUUCUCGAGUCAAUGUAUUUCUUGUCUUACUCAACUUUAUGAGUGUAUUGCUUCUUAUGCCGAUGAAAAUGAAGGGAGACUGACAAAAGAUUGGAGUGAACAAUAUUAUCCAUUACUUUUAAAGAGACUUCAGUCUGUGUGUAAUGAAUAUGGAGCCGAGAUCUUGGAUAUCUAUCGUCAUUUCCGUCAUUUAGAAAAUACUCAGUCCUAUUUGACAACAGAAACUCGCCAGUUGGACGUAGUUAUGGAUGAAAUGGCUUUGAUUUCUCAAAGAACGAAUGCUUAUUUUCAUUUUAUUCAAAACAAGUUAGAUAAGCAUAACAAUCCUGGAGCGUUGGAAACAUCCAAAUUUUUUAGAGAAUGUUUACUACAAAGAAAGUUAGAUGAGUUGAUUUCUGCUUAUAUUUCAAUGGAGAACUAUUUUAUGGCUGAAAGUAUUAAGAAAGCGAUAUCUUUGGAUGAAAUUUCAAAAGACUCGGGCACGAUACUUGUAUCCACCGUUGUUGAUGAUUGUUUCUUUGUUAUUCAAAAAUCUAUCAAAAGAGCAUUUGCUUUUGAGAAUAACGACGUUCUUUGCGCAAUUAUUAAUGAAACUAAUGCGGUAAUGAGUAGGCAAGCUUUAGGGUUCUUUAAAAAUCGACUGGUACAAACUCUGAUGAGCCAAAAGGAGACCAACAGGAUAGAAUCUUAUGCAUCCAAACCUUUAGAUAAGAGUAGAAAUGUAACUCAGCAACUUGUGGUUCUGUUAAAUAACCUUCACAAUUGUGAGGAAUAUGGUGAACGCCUGAUAGGAUGGUUAGAUACUGCUAGUAGAAAACGAAAUUCGGCAGCAUCUGAAUUGGAAAAGAUUCAGUCGGUAGUUGGGGACUUGAAAGACGCUUUGAAAGCCUUUCACUCGAUGUGGGAGGAAAUUUUGGAGCAUUUGAAGACACGCAUAACAAGCAAACUUGUACGUACGUUGGAACCUUUGCAACAAAUGUCUUUUAUCUUACAAGAAGACAAUUUAUUGGGAGAUUUGGAGGCAAGUUCCUCAUUUAUCUAUAAUUUCAUGGAACAAUUUGACAAUUCUGUUGGAUAUUUGGAAAACUUGCUUAUUGACAGCAAUUGGGAUCAAUUGAUUCGUCAAAUGGCCGACUGGACCGCAGCUCACUUGGAAUCUAUUCUAUGGCGUAAAAAGUUUAAUUCCCACGGUGCCCUUCGACUGGAUAAUGAUAUACGUAGUAUUACUAGCUUCUUCAACAACAAAGUAAAACAAGGGACUGUUCGUGAUAUAUUUACUAGACUAUUUCAACUAACAAUGUUACUUAAUUUGGAAAGUCCUACGGAGAUUGAUGAUAUUUGGCAGAGGGAAGAAGACAAACACAUUCGUUGGAAAUUGACAGCUGAAGAAGUACGUGAAGUGUUGUCUUUGAGAACUGAGUUUAGUAGCGAAACAAUCAGACACCUUUCAUUGUAAUAAUAAUUCAUUAUUAUAUUGAGAUGCUCUGGAAUGAAUAAAAGUUGAUACUCAUCG